AUGCGUUUACUUCUAUCAGCUGACGCUCAAUGUCAGUCUGCAUGUAUUUCCCUCGGUUUCUUUCCUAUAGUAGAGCUUAAGUUCUUCGAUAACCGCAAUGCACAGAGCUGCAUGCGCAACUUUAUGCGACUGGCCUCAGUUAGUCAGACCAACAAUGAUCCGACAGAGUUUAAAAUGCUCAGGUUCCCUCCAGAGCAGCUCUCGUGCCUACAGUGUUAUUCCUCCACCGCGCGACAGGGAGGAGCAGGAGAUGGUGCACCGGAUGCUGCGCGUGGACCAUGCUGGUGAAUACGGUGCUAACCGCAUCUAUGCCGGACAGAUGGCAGUGUUGGGCAGAUCGAGGACUGGUGCUCUUAUCCAGCAAAUGUGGGAUCAAGAAAAAAAACAUCUGGCAAAAUUCAAUGAAAUCCUUGCUGAGAACAGAGUUCGACCCACAGCUCUGUUGCCUCUCUGGAACCUGGCUGGGUUUGCUCUGGGGGCAUCCACUGCUCUGCUGGGUAAAGAGGGGGCCAUGGCGUGCACGGUGGCAGUAGAGGAGAGCAUCUCUGAACACUAUAACAGCCAGAUCAGAGCCCUGAUGGAGCAGGAUCCAGAGAGAUACACUGAGCUGUUAGAAGUAAUAAAGGAAUUUAGAGAUGAUGAAAUGGACCAUCAUGACACAGGAUUGGAGCACGAUGCCGAAUCACUACCUGGUUACUGGCUACUAAAAAAUGCAAUCCAGCUGGGAUGCAAAGCUGCAAUAUACGUUUCUCAGCGUGUCUGAUUCUGUAUUUAAUUGUAACAAUUCCUUUUUUAUUUUAGUUCACACUUUUGAAAUGGGUUUCUUUGAAGCUGUCAUGAACGACAGAAGGAACUGUGAUGUAAAACAAUGUUGUAAUUUUACCAGAUGUAUCAUUAGGUAUACAAAGCAUUGUAAAAGACACGAAGGGCUCCAUUCUGACUGUGUGACUACUAUGCUUCAGUUUGUUUAAAGGAAUCUUGCUUAUAUGUGACUGUUAUGUUUUCUUAGAUGUGUGGUUUUGAUUUUAAAUUGUCAUCAUUAAGUUGGCUCAAAAAGGUAUUAGUUACACAUUGGUUAUAUCUCUGUUGAAAUAAAUAAGCUGAUAAAUAUCUUCUUUCAGUACAUCUAUAAACUCAGUUCCUAAGUUGGAACGUUGUGUAAAAUGUGAUGAAUAAAUAAACUACAAAGACAAGAUAUUUUUCUGCCUAAAAGUUGUUUAGAAAAAAAAAAGGGACGUGUUUGGUAAAAUCCACAGAUGAGCAAAACUGGAGGGGCAUUUCUGCAGGGAAGUGCACAGAUAGAC